AUGUCUCCAGACCCUGAAUCCCACAUCACUUGGUUUGAUGAGGACGACUGGAUUGGCACUGAAAUCGUGUUUGAGACCCCUCACGCGUCAAGAUGGAGAGUAGACCAAAAACUUGCCGAAAGCGAAGACUGCGUGACCGAGUUUGAUGUGCAACAGUGUAAUAUGCAAUCCUCCGCCCGCGGGGUCUUUGUGUGUUCAAGUAUAGAUGACCCAGGCAAGGAAGCUGCCGUCAAAAUUCGAAUGCAGUAUAAACCCCCCUCUCUUUUUACCCAAAUUCUUCCUCACCAAGCAGAACAAGCAAAGCCGGAAGUCCGGCGGCAAACAGAAAAUGAAGUUUGUGCCCUUAAGCGUCUCACUGCGGCAGGGUGUUCCUCCACGCCUGCGUUUUUCGCGUGGAAACAUGAGAUUCAAGGGGAUGAUGGGUGGGUACCGGGAGGAUAUAUUGAUUAUAUCUUGAUGGAACGAGUUCCAGGUUCAAGGCCAAAAAUCUGGAGUCCCGACAUGGAUAGGGAAGAGCGUGAUGAGCUUCGGAGGGCGUUUAAGCCUGCAUGGAUAGAAACCAUCGCCUGCGGCCUUGUCCACGACGAUAGUGCUAUUCGAAACGUAGUUUGGCACCGAGACAGCCAGAAAUGGUAA